AUGUUUGGUUUGCUCACUGUACUGGUACAUUUGCUCGCGACCACAACCGAAGCUGCAGGAAUGGAGCAUCUGGGUAGUAUUUUCAUACGCAACAACUUAGAAACCUACCUAUAUCUGUGGUCUGUUCAGAAGAACGAUGGACCACUGUACACUAUCAACCCCAAGGCUGAGGAUUAUCAAGAAUCAUGGAAGCCAACUAUCGAAGACACUGGUAUAUCACUCAAGAUAGCUACCGAGAACGAUAAAAGGGAUGUUCUUCAGUUCGAAUAUAGCAUACUACACUCCAUACUAUACUGGGACCUAUCAUCUAUCAAUCUAAAGGGUGACUCGGAAAUCGUUCGCCGUGGCUUCUCUGCAACACCGGACAUUCAUGAUUGUGCAGCUGUUAAAUGCAACCCAGGUGAUGAGAAAUGCCCCGAUGUCUACCAAAAGCCCGAUGAUGACCAUGCAGUCCGUGGGUGUCCUGCCAACGUCAGUAUCGUGUUGAAUAUCGGAGUAGAAAUGAGGAACGACUGGUACAUGUGUUAG